AUGAAGACCGCAGUCGGGCUUACCCUGUUGAGCAGGGCUCUCGCGCUAACGAAUGAGAAACUCGAAGUCGUCGGUCAAAAACCCCUCCUUCACGCAUGCCCUUCAGACUCAAUACUCCAAAAGGGCGAAUGCCAGGACGCAACCUUCGGCUCUUCUCACGACAUCAUAUCCGACGUCGCCUUCCGAUCAAACAUCUCUCAAUUUCAGCAGACACUAGAAGAAUCCCGGAAAAAAGCCUCACAAGUCAAAGACUUCCCAUGGACCUUUUGGCCAGAAUGUUUCUCGAACGAGAACACCACAGACCCGUACUGUGUCUUCACCGACCAGUCCUUUGCUUCGGGUCGCGGCAUCUUCAUCAUCACUACAAAAGACCUCGCAUAUGACAUGCUAGAACACGACGCAUGGAGACGGCCAGAGACACUCUCGCGGGUCAACAAGUACGACAGUCCGCCCUUUGUGACACACGAAUUCCCCGGCAAAGGCCGCGGCCUCGUCGCGAACAAAACCCUGCACCGCGGAGACCAGAUCUUCGCCUCAACGCCUAUCCUCAUCACCGACUCAGGCGCAUACGACCUCUCUGAAGCCGAGCGUCUCGCACUACUCUACCGCGGCGUCGACACGCUGCCACCCGCCUCGCAAAAAGUGUUCUGGGAGCUGUUGGGCCACUUCAACGACGACCCAGUCGACGACAGGAUCAACACGAACAACUUCGACGUGUCCAUUGACGAAGAGGCUCAAGCUGCCGUAUUUCCUGAAAUCGCAAUGCUGAACCACGAUUGCAGACCGAAUGCGGCGUACGCUUUCGACGAGCGGACCAUGACGCAUUAUGUCCACGCGGUACGGGACAUCAUGCCCGGCGAGGAGAUCACAAUCACGUACAUUGACAAUGAAAUGGAGCGCGCAAGACGCGUGAAGAAGCUCAAGAGGAACUGGGGUUUUGACUGUAGCUGCAGCACUUGCACUGCGCAUCCCUCUCUGGUGUCUGAAUCUGACACUAGGCUCGGUGAGAUUGCAGCUCUCUCCACUAUCUUGGACGACUGGACGAUUGAUUCUGAAGCCACCCCGGAAGCCGCUGAGCUUCUCAUCUCGCUAUAUGAGCAGGAGCGCCUUCAUGCUAAUUUGGCGACGGCGUAUAAGCAUGCUGCGGAGGCGUAUAGCAGUUUUGGCAAGAAGUGGGAGGCGAUGCGGUAUGCGAGGUUGAGUGCGGAGAUGAGCAUGUUAGAUAAGGGCUUUGGCGAUUCGGAUGUGAAGGAGAUGCGGGAGAUGAGCUUGAGGCCUGAGUUGAGCUGGAGCUGGAAGAAGCGGGUUGGUAUGGGAGGCAAAUCAUGUGGGUGUGGACAUGGCCAUUGA